AUGCCUAAGGCGCCGGCCAAGUCUGCUCACGCUGGCUCUCCCAAGCGAGGCGCCAUGACUACUGACGACCACGUCCGUUUCCUCUGGGUCGCCAUCCAGACCAAGGAGGAGAACUUCACUCCCAACUUUGAAGCCCUCGCCGAGCAGCUUGGCAUCAACGAGGGCGCAGCUCGCCAGCGCUUCCGCCGCCUGAAGCUGAAGCUCGAGGAAAAAGACCAGGAGAAGGCGACGAAGCAGAACAACCAGAAGUCCGAGAAGAAGUCCGCCGAUAUUGAGGGCGAGAAGGAGCCUAACGAUGGCGAUGACAUGGAGUCUGACGACCAUGUGGAGCAAGUUGUGCUCUUUGAGGGAUGA